AUGGAAGAGCAAAAUCAAAAUCAUCAAGAAUCGAGUGCCGUCCCACAAGAGAAUGUAGAAACAUCCGCUGAACAAGCACCUGUUCAAAAAGCAGAAAUUAUACCAGAACAGCCUCCAAAGCAAAAGGUGAAACGCCCGAUGACGGACAAGCAACGGGCUGCAUUGGAGAAGGCGCAGAAAGCGAGGGCUGAACAAUUGCGCCUAAUGCAAGCAAAAUGCGAGAAGGAACGGAAGGAGCAGGAUAAACAAAGGAGGAUCGAUGAGGCCAAACGCAUCCUUGAAGAGGAGAAGGAACAGAAGCAGUUGGCGAGGGAAGAAUGA